GCGGGGCGGAUCCGCUCCUGCCGCGGCCGCCUCCUGGUGCGUGGCCGGGCCCGCGCGGCGCUGCCCUGGGGCCGGGGGGGCGGCAGCAGCCCGGGGACGCCACACCAAAGAGGAGCCGUGGUCCGGUAGCCGAAGCAGGGGCUGUGGGUCUGGCGAGAGCCGGGCUCCCUGCGGGGCGCAGAAGCCAACCGCAUCCUGCCCUGCUUCACGCCCCGGCUUGCAUGACUCAGGAGGCCAGCAGCCGUCUCCACCCUUCCGGACCUGACUGUCCCAGCCCCUGAAACGCCUGUGGCCCCCGCUCCCACCCUGACUGCCUGCUGCCACCUCGCCUCCCCCCUCCAGUAUCACUGAGGUGGCACAUUUGGGGCAUUUAGGUCCUUUCUGAGCACACGGAUCCUGCCCCGAAGAGCUCUCGGGUCCUAUGCUGUUGGGGGGAGGGGGGGGGAGGAAAAAAAAAGGAUCAAAAACCAACAGGACACCCCUUUGAAUACAAUGGCUACUUUACAAGAGAAACUGAUUACACCAAUUGCAGCAGAAUCCACCCUCCCUAACAAUAAGAUCACUGUAGUGGGGGUUGGCCAAGUUGGAAUGGCCUGUGCCAUCAGCAUUCUUGGAAAGAGUCUUUGUGAUGAGCUUGCUCUGGUUGAUGUUUUGGAAGACAAACUAAAAGGAGAAAUGAUGGAUCUGCAACAUGGGAGCUUGUUCCUCCAAACUCAUAAGAUUGUGGCAGACAAAGAUUAUGCUGUCACAGCUAAUUCUAAGAUUGUGGUAGUAACUGCAGGAGUUCGUCAGCAAGAAGGGGAGAGUCGCCUGAACCUGGUCCAGAGGAAUGUGAAUGUCUUCAAAUUUAUUAUUCCUCAGAUUAUCAAGUAUAGUCCCAAUUGCACCAUCCUUGUGGUUUCCAACCCAGUGGAUAUAUUGACUUAUGUCACCUGGAAGCUAAGUGGGCUGCCCAAACAUCGUGUGAUUGGAAGUGGCUGCAAUCUAGAUUCAGCUAGAUUUCGCCAUCUGAUGGCUGAAAAACUUGGCAUCCACCCCACCAGCUGCCAUGGCUGGAUCUUAGGAGAACAUGGUGAUUCUAGUGUGGCUGUUUGGAGUGGAGUGAAUGUGGCAGGCGUUUCCCUCCAGGAGCUUAAUCCGACCAUGGGUACUGACAGAGACAGUGAGAAUUGGAAGGAAGUCCACAAACUGGUGGUUGACAGUGCCUAUGAAGUGAUAAAACUUAAAGGAUACACUAACUGGGCCAUUGGCUUUAGUGUUGCUGAUCUAAUUGAGUCUAUGCUGAAAAAUCUGUGCCGGGUUCACCCAGUGUCAACCAUGGUGAAGGGCAUGUAUGGCAUAGAGAAUGAAGUCUUCUUGAGCCUUCCUUGUGUGUUAAGUGCCUCUGGAUUAACAAGCGUAAUCAACCAGAAGUUGAAGGAUGAGGAGGUGGCUCAACUCAAGAAGAGUGCAGAUACAUUGUGGAGCAUCCAGAAAGAUCUUAAGGAUCUGUAAUCUAUGAAAGUUAACUUCCAGCAGUAUAAAAACUGCAUAGAGUGCGCAUAUAUUGGCUUUCUAGUUACUGUCCAUCUCUGGAGCUAAUAUUUCAUUGAUCUUCCAAAAGUGAAACGAGCUUUUGUCCACAACAACUAAACAUAUGCUUGUUGUAAUGUGCAGACCUUAUGAACAAAUAAAAUUUAACUUUCGAACAUG